AGGAAGAGAGAGAGAGAGAGGAGACAAACAGGAGGAGAGAGAGAGAGAGAGGAGUCAGGAGGAGGUGAUGGAGGCGCUGGAGGCGGCGUCCAUCAUCCGGCUGCGUCACUGUCAGAAGGAGAUCUUCUGCCUGUCGGUGCCGGAGGCGUGUCCGGGCUGCGGGGAGGAGCUGAGGGCGAGCCGCCUGCAGGAGGCGCCGGUCAGCCUGCCCAACCCCCUCUGCAACGGACACAAGACCUCCUGCUGCCUCCUGCUCGCUCCUGCUGAGGAGAACCACAGCAGGGUCUUCGACGGGACGGCCGACCUGCACACGGGCAUUUCCAACACCAAAGGGGUGGUGUAUAACUACACCCGGGUCGGCGUGCGGCGCGAGCAGAGCGGCUGGGAGCGCUGCGUCAGCGUCCCGCUGGUCCGGCCCGACACCUUCAGCCUGCUGGCCCAGUGGGACCAGUACCUGGACCAGUUCUCUGACGCCCCCAUGUGGGACCCGGCCUGGCACAGGUUCGAUGAGGACAGUAAUAACUGCUUCAGUUUCUGUCUGGCGUUCAUAAACCGUGUUUUGGCGACGGAGGGGCGGAGCCACGUGAGCAGGGAUCAGUUCACGCAGAGCUUCAUCCUGCCGCGCCUCCGGCGGGUGUGGAAGUUCUCGGCGCUGAGCCGCCGCCUCCGGCAGCAGCAGUUCUACAUGGUGGAGCGGGGGGGCGGCGGCGAGGAGGAGGCGGCGCCACCGGGACCCUGA